UUUCAGCGACUUAUUUUUUUUUUAAUUUACUCAAAAGUCGUGAUCGUAAACUCUGAAAUAAAACGUUUUAGCGACAUUCCUUCUUAUAAGAAAAUGUAUCAAGAUAAAACAGAAAAAUUUACCAACAUGUACCAAGUUUUCCAGAAGUCUUUAGACAACAACCAUAAUAUGACUGGAAUAAAUGAGCUAACAGAAAAUGGCAAUAAGUACUGCACAUACAAAGAACUUUUUAAAAAGACUGAAGAAUUUUUAUCAUUUAUUUCUCAAAUUGGCUUAUCCAAAGGAACGCGAGUUGGUUUAUUCAUAGAAAAUGGUAUUGAACGAGUAUAUAAAGUACUUGCGUUGGUAAAACGUGGAAUAGUAUUUGUACCACUAGACCCUGCGUACAAUAAGCAAACCAUUGAACAAAUUAUAAAAGAAGCACACUUGACUUAUAUUAUACUUGGUGAAAAUUCAAGAACGAACGAAUUAUGGUAUCAGUACGAUAUUAAUAUUAAAACUUUUUGUGUAAUCUCCUUGUUUGAUAAUUCAUCACACUUAACAAAUGGAACGUCAUACGAUAACAUUGAUGCAGAAGAUCCAGUUUGUGUAAUUUUUACUUCAGGUAGCACUGGUGGCCAAAAGGGUGUAAUUUUAUCUCAAAAAAAUUUCUUGGCAAUGGUAGAAUGGUAUUCAAGAAAACAUAACCUAAAAAAUUCUACAGAUGUUUUGUGUUUACAUACAAAUUGCGUAUGGAUCACAUAUUGGAUGGAAAUAUUUACGGCGGUAUUAAACUGCAUAAAUUGUAUUUCACUGACAGAUGAAUAUUCAAAAAACUUUCCUUUGUUUUCAAAUUUUCUGAGAGAAUAUAAAGUGACUAUGUUAUUUGCCAUUCCAACAUUGUUAAUUGAAUUAAUUAAAUGGACGGAAAUUAAUACAACAUUAAAAAUAGUUGGCACCGGCGGUGAAUGUAUUCCUCCAAAUAUUCUUACUGCUUUCUUGAAACAUUUUCCAAACGCAGCACUUUUCAAUGAAUACGGGCUUACUGAAUCUACUGGCAUUGCCCUUGCAACAUUAGACAACAUGUUUAAUUAUGCAAGUAGUUUAAUAAUUGGAUAUCCACUCGAAUGUAUUAGAGCAUACAUAGUUAGCAACGAUGGAUGUCUGGUAUCAGACGGAGACGAAGGAGAAUUGUGGAUUUCUGGAGCUACUAUAGCAACGGGAUACAUUAAGGAAGAGGAUAACAACAAAUUUUUCAUGAAAAAUUCAUUUGAGAAUAAUGCAAUUUUUUCCAAAGUUUUCAAAACAGGAGACUAUGUAAAAAUGACUAAAGACGGAAUUGAAUUCAUUGGAAGAAAGGACAAUGUGACAAAAAUAAGAGGGAAAAAAGUUAACAUUUUUGAAGUAGAAAACGUUAUUAAAGAGUUGUUUCCAAAUAUUGAAUUAUACAUAAUCAAAAAAUAUGACAUAAAAAAAGGACAAUGGGUUUUAUGCGCUUUCUAUAAAACUCAAGAAGAUGUACCAACAACUGUUUUUAGAAGUGCAACAUGCAAGAUAUUCUCAAGCCAUUUAAUUUCAAAGUUUGUUAAAAUAGAUAACUUUCCUAAAUUAAUUACUGGAAAAAUUAAUCGAAACGAACUUUCAAAAUAUUUUCUCAAAGAUUGUGAUAACGAUACUAAUCUUAAUUAUUUAUUAGAGAGUAAAUUUAAGAUUGACAAGCUGAAGUACGGAGUUUGUAAAAUCCUUGACUUGUAUGACGAUGAAUUUGAUCCUAAUAAAAACUUUUUUGAACACGGGGGCGAUUCUAUUACAGUUUUUAGUUUUUUGGAAGAAGUAAAAAACUUUGGAUUGGAAUUUACAAUUAAUGAAUUAACAACGAGUUUUAAUGAUUUAUGCGAAGUCAAUUGCAAUGGCACUUUCAUAAAUACAGCAUUAUCAGAUGAAGACCAUAUUCAAGGCGUAUUGUUUACUGAUUUAAAUGAUUCCGAAAUCGAUUUUAUUAUUCAAAGAAUGACAGAAGCUUUUUUAACCAAAGAACCAAUGUUUAUGUUUCAUGCGUCAAAAGGUUUUGAUUUUGGAUUAUUUUUUAAGCUUAUUGUUAAAGAGUGUCGAGAUAACCAUCCUCAUUUAUGUAUGGCUAUCAAAAUACACAAUAAAAUUAUGGGAGCUUUUGUUACAUGUCCAAUGUAUGGAGCAGGAGCAGAAUAUAAAUUUCUAGAUUAUAUGCCUAAAGAAUUUCAUGGGUUAACUGAUUAUUACGGCAGUAGCGUAAUACAAAAGCUGCUUAAUCACGGACACAAUAUAGCUGACUCGUUAACUAUGUAUGUUGAUAGUGACUCCUCAAACGUGUUAAGUAUGCGCUUGUUUUACAUGCUAUGUUGUGAGCAGCUUAAAUUAGUGAAAGAAAAUGGUUUCACGGCAUUGUUUUCAUUUAAUUUGUCACCUGCAACUCAAGGAAUUACUAAAAACAUAUUUAAAUCAAGUGUUGAAAGUAUUCUUUAUCCUUCGCAGUUUAAAUAUAAUGAAGAUUUUCCUUAUAAAGAGUUUGAUCCUGGAUACUACAUGGAAAUUGCAGUAGACUAUUUGAAUGAUAAAUAAUAGAAUAAUUAAACAUGAGAUAGUUGUUGAUUCUUUUGCAAAAAUUUAUCAAUUUUAACUUUUAUACAAAAAAGUAGUUUUCUCUGUUUAUAUUUUGUGGAUACUCAUAUGAAAACAUUCAAAAAGUUUAUAUAUUAGGAUCUGA